GCCCCCGCUCUGCCGCUCCAGCCCCGCAGCGCUCCGCAGCCAUGAUCGGGCAGAAGACGCUGCACUCCUUCUUCAGCCCCGUGCCCGCCAAGAAGCGCGGCCGCUCCCCGGAGUGCGGAGGCGAUGCUGAGCUCAGCGCCGCCAAGAAGGCGAAAGCGGCGGGGGAUGGGGCGGGGGCGGCCUCGCCGCUCAGCUCCGAGCAGCUGGAGCGGAUCCGCAAGAACAAGGAGGCGGCGUUGCAGCGGUUGGCAGAGCGGAACGUGCCCCCCGGGUUCGGGGAGAGCUGGCGGCGGCAGCUGGCGGGAGAGUUCUCCAAACCCUAUUUCGUGAAGCUGAUGGAGUUUGUGGCGGAGGAGAGGAAGCGCUACACGGUUUAUCCCCCCCCCGAGCAAGUCUUCACCUGGACGCAGAUGUGUGACAUCAGGGAUGUGAAGGUUGUCAUUUUGGGACAAGAUCCAUAUCAUGGACCUAAUCAAGCUCACGGGCUCUGUUUCAGUGUCCAGAAGCCUGUCCCACCUCCCCCCAGUUUAGAAAAUAUUUACAAAGAACUAUCUACAGAUAUUGAGGACUUCACUCAUCCUGGUCAUGGUGAUCUGACUGGCUGGGCCAAGCAAGGUGUGCUGCUGCUCAACGCUGUCCUGACGGUGCGAGCCCACCAGGCCACCUCCCACAAGGAGAGGGGCUGGGAGGAGUUCACAGAUGUGGUGGUGUCCUGGCUGAACAAGAACUUGCAUGGGGUUGUCUUCAUGCUGUGGGGAGCCUAUGCCCAGAAGAAAGGCAGCUCCAUUGACAGGAAACGUCACCACGUCCUGCAGACUGUCCAUCCCUCCCCUCUCUCUGUCAACAGAGGGUUUUUUGGCUGUCGACAUUUCUCAAAGACCAAUGAAUUGCUCAAGAAAUCUGGCAAGAAACCCAUUGACUGGCGAGCCCUCUGAGCUGGCCAGAGGCUGGUUGGAAACAGCCCCUGCUGCAGGGGUGGUUUUGUUCCUGAAGGACUUUUGCUGACCUGGGAACUACUCUUCAGGUGGUUGCUCAAGGAAUAACCAACCAGGCUUUUACAGAGAGGUUAUUUUUUUUCAACUCUUUUUGUAACAAGCAGAUUGGAGUGUUACAUGGACAACUGGUGUUUGAACAGGUCUCAGUCUAGCUUGAAGUAAAGAAAAAAAAAAGUUCUAUAUUAA